AUGAAGCGUGUUCAUGAUACUCAUAAACGCAUUCGUGCAGCAGAACCAUGUGCUGCAUCUAGAUGCACAAAAGCCAUGUCUAUACUAAAAGAAUUUGAAGAGCAGUGCGCUACCCCAGUUGGUAAACUUAGACAAGUUGUUGAUGCUAUGCAUGCUGGUCUUGCUUCUGAAGGUGGUAGUAAGCUUAAGAUGCUUAAUAGCUAUGUCGAUAAUCUCCCUACUGGUGAGGAACAUGGUUUAUUUUAUGCUUUGGAUCUCGGUGGCACAAAUUUCCGUGUAUUGCGUGUACAAUUGGGUGGAAGGGAUGGGCGUGUUACUAAACAAGAAUUUACUGAAGUCUCAAUUCCUCUUGAAUUGAUGACUGCCACUUCAAGCAAGCUAUUUGAUUUCAUCGCCAAGGAGCUCGCAAGAUUUGUAGCUACAGAAGGAGAAGGUUUCUUCCUCCAUCCUGGUAACCGGAGGGAAUUGGGUUUCACCUUUUCGUUCCCAGUUAAGCAGUUGUCAAUCUCAUCUGGAACUCUUAUCAGGUGGACAAAGGGUUUCUCCAUCGAUGACGUGGUUGAUAAAGAUGUGGUGGCAGAACUAACUAAAGCCUUAGACAGACAGGGAAUUGACAUGCGUGUCGCAGCUCUGGUGAACGACACAAUUGGUACAUUAGCUGGAGGCAAAUACUUGAAUAAUGAUGUUGCAGCUGCAGUUAUUUUGGGAACUGGAACAAACGCGGCAUAUGUAGAGCGUGCACACGCCAUUCCUAAAUCAGGAGAUAUGGUAAUCAACACCGAGUGGGGUAACUUCCGAUCAUCACACCUUCCCGUGACUGAAUAUGAUCAGGCUUUGGACCAGGAAAGUCUUAACGCGGGUGAGCAGAUUUUCGAGAAGGUUAUCUCUGGGAUGUAUUUGGGAGAUAUUUUGCGUAGAGUCCUCUGCAAAAUUGCUGAAGAGGCUGGAAUUUUUGGUGAUACUGUUCCGUCAAAGCUUAAGACUCGGUUCGUUUUAAGGACUCCUGAAAUGUCUGCAAUGCAUCUUGACACAUCCCGAGAUUUGAGUGUAGUUGGAAGCAAAUUGAAUGACAUCUUUGGGAUAUCUGAUACUUCCCUUGAAACAAGAAGAGUGGUUGUAGAUCUCUGCAACAUUGUUGCUACACGUGCUGCCCGUCUUUCUGCCGCUGGGAUCUUGGGCAUUUUGAAGAAGAUGGGAAAAGACACGGUCAAGGACGGAGAGAAGCAGAGAACUGUGAUAGCCGUGGAUGGAGGGUUAUUUGAGCACUACACCAAAUUCAGAUCCUGUUUGAAGAGCACCCUCAACGAGUUACUCGGAGAUGAAGCUGCACGCACCGUUAUUAUUGAGCACGCAAACGAUGGUUCUGGAAUUGGUGCUGCUCUUCUUGCAGCUUCUCAUUCUCAGUAUCACUAA